CUCCGUGGAAUAGGAGGUGAAAUAUCAAUUCCAGUGCCAAGCUCCAAUCAGCAUCUCAAAGAMAUGAUUAAAGUAAAAAUACAAAAGGGAGAGUAUACAAUUGGAGAGUUGGUUGUCCCAAGGAAGUAUGAAAAGCUUAUACUUGAUAAAAAUGGAAAUGUAGUCAAAACAGAAUUUACUGUUGAAGGAAGGAAACGACCACUUAAUGAAAUAAGGGAAAAAAUGAUUGACAAGCACAGGGUUUAUAUGAGACAACACCCAGAUACAUUCUAUGAUGAUCUUUMUAGAUUAGAAGUAGUAGAAAUGCUCAAGAAGCUAGGAGAAUUUSAUGAUGGAGAAAGUCUUGCUUCCAUGCGUAACAAGCUUAAAGACAUAGAAAGGACAAGACAUCUGCUUGUCUGGCAUGAUCACUCAACAGUUGCCAAUCAUGGGCACUUAGUUUUCAUGGUCUUGUGUGUUUAUGACCCUGCAUUGUAUUUUACUCCAGAUGAAUUUCAACAAAAAUCAGGAAGAAAAGUUGACAUACAAGCAGAAGUAGAGAGGCCAGAAAUUUACAUAGUUGGUAGAUGUAGAUCUACAGAUGUAGAGCAGUUAGCAUAUUGUGAGACAAGAUGUGAGUGCUUGCAGGGCUUAACUGCAAACCUAGAAUUAAGUAAUGGCAUUACCAUAACUGACAUAAUGAGAUUUUUCAAAGGAGAUGGGCCAGCUGUAGCUUUUGAAGCUGGUCAACAGAAGGGUGGUCAUUAUUUUUGUUUAUCUUGUGGGAUGCAUGCUAUAAGAAGUGAUGAACCAGAUCACUUCUUUAGAUGCAAGCAUCUGUCUAUGACAGACCGCCAAAAGUUGGUUUUGAAAGGGCCUCAAGGUAGAAAGGGGUCACUUCAAAAGAAACCAAAGCCAUUUGAAAACCUUAAAAAAGAAGAGCUGAAGAAAGAGUUGAGAGAAAGAAGACUUUUAUACAGUGAAAAUGACCUCAAGCCAGAAUAUGAGAAAGAACUGACAAGUGAGCUGAAAGGAGUACAGAGGGUACCAGCAUUAUUGUUCCUUAACCCAACACARAAAAUUGAUCAUCUUAAUCUUGGCUCAUAUGAAGUCCUCCCCUGUGAACCUAUGCACGAUAUCUCCAAUCAYAUUUCAAAUAUUCUAGAAGAGAUUCCAAGUCAUCUUCAAAAAGAUCAAAAAAAGAAAUUUGAUGAGAUUCUUGAGCUUACUCUUGGAGACAAAGAAAUAAAGAGARCCACAGAUUACAGAGCAGCUCUGGUAAUCUUUGCCAAGCAAUUAAGAGGCCACAUUCCUUGUACUAUUCAAUGUAUUCUGGACACACUGGUAGAGAUGCAGGCUAUUCUCUACUCAGAUGACAUGAAAAGAUGCCCACGCCUUGUCCUUCGCUAUCAUAAUUGCAGCUUCCUACACUUUGUUAUGUGUCAUAAUCAGUUUGGCUCCUCCCCAAAAGCUCUGAACUCWAGAAAACUCUAUGGAAAAUACUUACAUAAUCUUGUUUCUCAUGCUCCUAUCCAGCUUCGCCUCAUCUCAGGAAUGUCCUGUAAUGCAGAAGAUGAAGAAAGAAUGUUUAGUACCAUGAAAAGCAUAACACAAACAACAUCUUGUAACAGACCAGGUCAUAUUAUUGGCAACCUGCUAGUAAGAAUGCAAGCUGAAGAGAACAUGGGUAACUUUGAUGACUUUUUAAGUACAUCAGUUCAGUCCGACAAUGUGUCUAAGCUAUCUGCUGCCUUGCCAACUUUUUCUAACACAGUCAUCAAGGAAAAUAUUUUACAACAUCCCAUAUAUUCCAAAUGGUACCAAGCCCAUCUUGAGCGAAUAAGCGAUUUCCUUUUGCCUGGAGAGGGAGUUUGGUGGAAGAGGGACGGUGAGAGUGUGGAGUUCUUUGAUUCAAACACUGAGCCUAACGCAAAAGACCAAGGCCCGGUUCUACACCACUUCAGGUCAAGUAACUUAAAGAAAGAAGAAUCAUAUCUGUCUUCAUGCUGGGAGAAAUGUGUAGAAUUCCUAAAUGAAAGUUACAAGCUUCCUACACACUUCCUUUAUCUACCAAAUGCCAGUGGAAAUGUCAUACGCAUAACACAUACUUCUGAAGACCAGAAUGUAGUUGAUUCUGCAGAUGAGAAUGAGAAUGAAUCCUUAGAAGAAUGUAUGCCAUACUCUGAAAUUAUACCAGAAAAUCCACAGCCCUCACAAGCACAGCAGUCAGGGAAUAACAAAGAUGAAGAUGAUGAAGAAGAGCAAGUCUUAGAUUUACAAGAAGUUGAUGACAUGGACAAUUGCUCUGAAUUGGUGGCUUCUAAUAAUGCACAACCUACACUACACAUGCAAGUACAUAUUUCACAAGAACAUCAGUCUUCAUCCUCUAUCUAUUCUUCUUCCAGCCCUAAAGCAGGCGAAGACACCCCCACAGCUGACAAAAAUCCAACACAACACUUUACAAUACAAACAAACAAUACAUUACAAACCCGCCUUGGCAAAACAGUAGAAAUUCUACUUGGAAACACUCCCGAGGUAUGGCAGUUUGACUCGGCUCGCAGCAGACUGAAAUUUUCUCCACAAAGCAGAGACCUCAUAAGUGAGUAUGAAGAGAGACUAGCUGUGAUCCAAACAAGAGUACUGGCAGCAAAGAGCACACUCAAAGAACAACUUAAAGACUGGGAAAUAAACUACUAUCUUAACAAUGAUUUCAAAAUGGUUACGCUUGACGAAAGGAAAAAUGAUCCAGUGGCAUCUGUUUAUGUAAAAAAGCUAAAAUAUGCUGACAAAUUACUCAAAGAAUGGAACAUUAGUUUUUAG